AUGGGUAAGGACGAGCGUACUCACGUCAACAUUGUCGUUAUCGGCCACGUCGAUUCCGGCAAGUCCACCACCACCGGUCACUUGAUCUACAAGUGCGGUGGUAUCGACACUCGUACCAUCGAGAAGUUCGAGAAGGAGGCUGCUGAGCUCGGAAAGGGUUCCUUCAAGUAUGCCUGGGUUCUCGACAAGCUGAAGGCUGAGCGUGAGCGUGGUAUCACCAUCGAUAUCGCUCUGUGGAAGUUCCAGACCGCCAAGUUCGAGGUUACCGUCAUUGAUGCCCCCGGUCACCGUGACUUCAUCAAGAACAUGAUCACUGGUACCUCCCAGGCCGAUUGCGCCAUUCUCAUCAUCGCCUCCGGCACUGGUGAGUUCGAGGCUGGUAUCUCCAAGGACGGCCAGACCCGCGAGCACGCCCUUCUGGCUUUCACCCUUGGUGUCCGUCAGCUCAUUGUUGCCCUCAACAAGAUGGACACUGCCAAGUGGGCCCAGGCCCGUUACGACGAGAUCGUCAAGGAGACCUCCAACUUCAUCAAGAAGGUUGGCUUCAACCCCAAGACCGUUCCCUUCGUCCCCAUCUCCGGCUUCAACGGUGACAACAUGCUUGAGCCUUCCCCCCAACUGCCCCUGGUACAAGGGCCAUCGAUGCCAUCGAGCCCCCCUGUCCGUCCCUCCAACAAGCCCCUCCGUCUGCCCCUCCAGGAUGUCUACAAGAUCUCCGGUAUUGGCACGGUUCCCGUCGGUCGUGUUGAGACCGGUAAGAUCGUCCCUGGUAUGGUUGUUACCUUCGCUCCCGCCAACGUGACCACUGAGGUCAAGUCCGUCGAGAUGCACCACCAGCAGCUCAAGGAGGGUCUCCCCGGUGACAACGUCGGCUUCAACGUCAAGAACGUCUCCGUCAAGGAGGUUCGCCGUGGUAACGUCGCUUCCGACUCCAAGAACGACCCCGCCAUGGCUGCUGCCUCUUUCAAUGCCCAGGUCAUUGUUCUGAACCACCCCGGUCAGAUCGGUGCCGGUUACGCUCCCGUUCUGGACUGCCACACCGCCCACAUUGCCUGCAAGUUCUCUGAGCUUCUGGAGAAGAUUGACCGCCGUACCGGAAAGUCCGUUGAGGACCAGCCCAAGUUCGUCAAGUCUGGUGAUGCCGCCAUUGUCAAGAUGGUUCCCUCCAAGCCCAUGUGUGUUGAGGCUUUCACUGACUACCCCCCUCUGGGUCGUUUCGCCGUCCGCGACAUGCGUCAAACCGUCGCCGUCGGUGUCAUCAAGUCCGUCGACAAGUCCGUUGGUGGUGCCGGUAAGGUCACCAAGGCUGCCCAGAAGGCUGGCAAGAAAUAA